AUCCCCCCCCCCCAACUCUCUUCUCUCUCCAACCAGGCCUGCCUUCACCUACCCACCUUCACACACACGUACCUCACUCUCAGCCCGUCUCGAGGCCCCGGCUCAGUCUCCUAGACUUCCCGCCGCCAUUGAUCAAUCGCACAGAUCACCUUAGCCCCGUUCUGUCUGGAUUACUUCUCCCACUACCACCAAUCUUUUCACCAUUCCACCCACCUUCACUAACACACCCUCACCCCAAAGUCUCUCCCACACUCGCCACCAUGUCUUCCGGAGAAGGUUCUACUCUCCCCCACGAUCCUACCAAGGCUGCCUCCGAGGAGCAGGUGCUCCAGACCAAGGGUAAGGGUAAGGCCGCUGAGGAUGUCGGCGACACCUCCAUGAACGAGGACGACGACGAUGAUGAUGAGGACGACGACGAAGAGAAUGAGGCUGGUGACGAUGAUGCUGACGACAACUUGGACGAGAUCGACCUGAACAAUAUCGUCGAGGGCGGCCGACGAACCCGUGGCCGCGUCAUCGACUGGGCCAAGGCGGCAGAGGAGAACCCUACCGGGGACGACGAUGACGACGAGGAUGAGGACGACUACCAGCCCGCCGUUGAGGUCGAGGAGGACGGAGACAAGAUGGAUGAAGACUAAGGAGGGGGAGAGGAGAGAAGCCACUCCUACCCCCUCGUUCCGUCCAGUCCUCAUACGCCACUCUCCUCCGUUAGAUACGAACUAGGCCCAACUCAGCUUGAGCAGACUGUCACGUCAAUCCAGUCCAGUCUAGCCACGUCGCGUUCUGCCCAUCACCCGGUGUUUUGACGAUUUGUAUUUCCCUUUCCUCAUCUCAUCUCCGGCGCGCUCGUGUUUGAGGGCAAGUCUGGAGACCGUCGUGAUGGAUCGGGGGGGACUACAUACUACUACUAGCUUAGAUUAACUAGACGCCUCGGAUUACUGCACGCACGUCAGUGCAAGGCACGACAUCUCUAAAUGCGGAUGAGCACACAAUAAACGGAAAGUCCAUUGCAA